UUUGGUUGUCGUCAAAUUUAUUUCUUAAUUUUCUAAAAGUUCUAUCAGAAGAAAUAAAGAAAUUAAGAGUGCAAAUUUAUUUUAAAACGAAACACAAGUAAACAAUUAACAAUGGCAAGAUAUAUUCAGCGUCCUGAUAAUGCAUUAAAGCGAGCAAAUGAGUUUAUCGAAGUUGGGAAGCCAGCAAGAGCACUUGAUACACUUCAAGAAGUCUUCCGUAACAAGAAGUUCUCAUAUACUUGGUCGGAACAGAUUAUUGAACCGAUCAUGUUUAAAUACUUGGACUUGUGUGUGGAACUUAAGAAAUCUCAUAUCGCUAAAGAAGGGCUCUUUCAAUAUCGAAACAUGUAUCAAUUGGUCAAUGUUGGAUCUCUUGAAAAUGUCAUUCGAGGAUAUUUAAAAAUGGCUGAAGAAAGAACUGAAGCAGCUCAACAACAGUCCUCACAAGCUGUACUAGAUAUCGAUGAUUUAGAUAACUUGGCAACUCCGGAAAGUAUUCUUCUGAUGUCAGCUGUUUGUGGCGAAGACGCUCAAGAUCGAUCUGACCGAACAAUUUUAUUGCCAUGGGUGAAGUUCUUAUGGGAAAGUUAUUGUCAAUGUUUGGAACUUUUGCGAGUUAAUUCACACUGUGAAAUCUUGUACCAUGACAUUGCUCGAAUGGCUUUUCAUUUCUGUCUUAAAUACAAUCGUAAGAUGGAAUUCCGUAAGUUGAGCGAAAAGUUACGAAAGCAUUUGGACGAUAUUGGUAAAGUGUCGGCUCAAAGCUCAAAUGUCAGCAUCACUAAGCCAGAAACACAACAGUUAAACUUGGAUACUCGUUUAUACCAAUUGGAUAGCGCUAUUCAAAUGGAACUGUGGCAAGAAGCUUAUAAAGCCAUCGAGGACAUUCACGGUUUGAUGACUUUGUCAAAGAAACAACCGCAGCCAAAGACAAUGGCAAACUACUACCAGAAGUUGGCAAUGGUGUUCUGGAAAGCUGGAAAUCAACUUUUCCAUGCUGCAGCCCUCCUCCGAUUAUUUCAACUUUCUCGUGAAUUAAAGAAAACAAUCACGAACGAUGAAAUUCAACGAAUGGCAUCACAUGUUCUAGUUGCAACUUUGGCUAUUCCAUUGCCAUCAGCACAUCCUGAAUAUGACAGAUUCAUUGAGACGGACAAAAGUCCAUUGGAAAAAGCUCAACGAUUAGCAGUGUUGCUUGGACUUCAACAACCACCAACGAGAGCUUCAUUAUUGAGAGAAAUUAUUCGAGCAAAUGUUUUCAAUCUCGCUCUUCCUCAUUUCCAAAAUCUUCACAAAUGGCUUGAAGUUGACUACAAUCCGUUGAGUUUGUGUUCAAAUGUUCAAACCGUCAUUGAUUACAUAAAAUCUGAUGAGAAGAAUCCUUUAUUGCAAUACAUUGAUUCACUUCAAAAUGUGACAUUGGUUCGUUUAGUUCGUCAAGUGUCGCAAGUUUAUCAAACAAUUGAAUUUGCUCGAUUUUUGGAACUUGCAAAAUUUGCAACUACUUUCAAGUUGGAAAGAAUUCUCGUCGAUUGUGUUCGUCACAAUGACAUGCAAAUCACAAUUGAUCAUAAAGAGAAGAUGGUGAUGUUUGGAACUGAUUUGAGUGAAAGUCAACGUGAAGACCAUCACGACGGUCCAAUUCUUCAAUCAAUGCCUUCGGAGCAAGUUCGUCAACAACUUGUGAAUAUGUCAGUUGUUCUUCAUCGUGCAAUCGCAGCAAUUAAUCCAAAUCGUCAAAAAGGCGAACGAGAAGCAUUGCGAGCUCAGAUGGUUGCUUUGUAUCAUGAAAAUAAAGUUCGCGAACAUCAAGCAAUUUUAAUUCGUCAAAAGUUGAUUGAAGAUCGUAAAGAGAAGAUUGAACGUCUCAAUCAAGAACGUGAAGAGGAAGAAGUUCGUCGUCAUGAAGAGCAAGUUCGUCAACAGAAGCUCGUUGAACAACAACGCUUAGAAAAGGAAGCUGAAGAGCGUGAAAAGAAACGCAGUGAAAAUGAAAGAAAACAAAUACGCAAUCGUACAAUGAUGGAAAAGAUUCAACAAAUUUCCCAAACAACUCACGGUCAGAAGAUGUUGAAGAUCAUUGAAGAGAAAGGUGCUGCUGUUGAUCCAGAUGAACUCGCAAAAGAAGAGAAAAAUGCUUUGAUACGUGAACGUAAAGAAUUGACAUCGAAAUUGAAGUCACAAGAGAAGAAAGUUGAUUAUUAUGAACGUGCCAAACGUAUUGAAGAAGUUCCAUUAAUUAAAGAUUAUCUGAAAGAUAUGGAAGUAAAGGAAGAAGUUUUCUGGCAAAAUCAAGAGAAAAACCGCAUCGAGAAUGCCAUCGCUGAAAGGAAGAACGCAGUUACACAACAAGAACGUUUGAAACGAAUGCACGCUGAUCGUGAAGCUUACAUGAAUCAAUUGAAAGCUGAACGUAAGAAUUUAUAUUUGGAUAAACUCCGAGCAUUUAAUGAAGCUCUUGAAGAAGAAAGAAAGCGACGUUUAGCACAAAGAAUCGUUGAAAGACGCAAGGAACGUCGCGAUAAAUGGCUUGCUGAACGAGAAGCUGAAAAGCAACGCAAGUUGGAUGAAAUUCAAAGGGAAAAAGAUGAACAAUUACGUUUGGAGAAAGAACAACGAGCUAAGGAACGUGAAGCUGAAUUAGAAAAGUUGAAUAUUCAAAGUGAAAAGCAGAAACAACGCGAAGCAGAAGCUGAAAGGAAGAUUCAAGAAGAUCGUGAACGUGCAAGGGCAAGAGACAAGCCAAUGCGUGAUUCUGAGCAUUCAGCUUGGCGUUCAGUCGGUGGUAAGGAUGGUGGCGCACGUGAGUCUGUUAAGGAAGGUGCAUGGAGAACAGCACAAGGAAGUGACAAUGACAACACUUCCGGCGGUGGCAAAUGGCGAACUGCUGGAGAUAGAAAUGAUGAUCGAGGAGGCUUCCGAAGAGGUGAUGAUGAUCGUGGUGGUUAUCGUGACAGAGAUGGACGCAAUCGUCGUGAUGAUCGCGAUUCAUUCAUCAAACGAAGUGGUGGCAAUGACGGUCCCAUUAGACGAAGCGGUGACGAUGCUCCAAUCAGACGAAGUGGAGAUGACGCGCCAAUCAGACGAAGUGGGGACGAUGCACCAAUGAGACGUGGCGGGGAUGAUAAAGACAGCUACAAACGCGGAGAUGAUCGUUCUUUCAAGCGUGGAGAUGACCGUGGCCCUAAGAGAGAUGACCGAGGCCCAAUGAGACGUGGUGGCGAUAGUCGUUCUGGUCCAAUAAAACGUUCUGGUUACGAUGAUUCCAGCAGCGGUGGUGGCGGUAAUUGGAGACAACGUGAUGACUCUGAUCGUCCUAAAGAUGAAGCUUCAUCUUGGAGACGUGCUGAAGCACCUCGUGACGACAAAGACAAACAAUAAGUCAACUCAAUGAAAUGUUCGAACUUCUAAGUAUGAAAUAAUCAAUUUCGACAUAAACUUUUUUCAUUUCUUUUCACUUUAAUUGGCCUGAACAAUUUCUCAAUAGGCAAAACUAAUUUUUUUAUUGUUUAUUCAGCCGUUGAUAGUGCGUAAGUUGUUGAGUUAAAUUUUAAAGCUUAACACGUUCACAUUCAAUUGAGUUGACGGCCAAAUAAGCAAAUUUGAUAAGUUGAAAAAAUUGUUUUUUGUUUCUUUAUUUCGUUCGCUGUCUUCUGGCCUUUGAUUAUUGCAUAACUUAUCUAAACAAAUAGUAACAAAACAAGAUAAAAAUAUUCAUUAAUUAACCACUAGACAUUAAGUCACAGCUGGUAAUGUUCCAGAAAUUUUAUUUUCUUUUUCAUUCUAAACUUCAAAUGGUUCGUUUGGUCUUGAAUUAAAUUUUUAUUUGAUCAAAAUUAUUGACUAAAUAAAAUAAAAAAUUUCUUUAAAAAUAAAAUUGCUAAAAGUUUUAUGCGGAAAAGUGGGCUGCUGGUGGGGUGUCCAUUAAUUUUUUAUUUCAGCCACAGUUUAACAAUGAACUGCUUCCGAUAAUUAAACUACUUUUUUUUGCACUAGAAAUGAUGUCAUUUUGAAAUUAAAAGGAAGUUUUAUGAUUAUGAAAUGAUGUGUGGUGAUGGCUUUUAUGGAAAGUCGAUUUUUGGAGCAUCUUUUAUUGGGCUAAUCAACGAAGGCAAUUAAAGUCUUUGACAAUCUCUCAUUCUGGGAGGUUUAUUAAAUGUUUAGCAACUUUUAGUUGACAUGAUUUUUAAACUUUCAUAA